AUGACUAUCGACAUCAAACCAUAUACUAUCAACGUUUCAGACUCGGACAUCGAGGUCUUGAAAACAAAGCUUGAAUACGCAAGAUUUCCCAAUGAAGGCGAAAUCUCUGACGACUGGACCUACGGUGCCAGUCUCAGUGAUGUGAAGCGUCUCGCUUCAUAUUGGAAGGAUGGAUUCGACUGGAGAGCCCAAGAAGCCAAGUUGAACCAGUAUCCUCAAUUCACCACCAACGUAUCUGUGGAUGGUUUUGGAGAUCUUGAAAUUCACUUCUUGCACCAGAAAAGCAGCAAACCCGAUAGCAUUCCUCUGCUCUUCGUCCAUGGCUGGCCUGGAAGCUUCGUUGAAGUUCUCAAGAUUCUUCCUCUUUUGACUGAACCCAAAGAUGGACCUUCUUUCCAUGUUGUCGCGCCUUCUUUGCCUAAUCAUGUCUUCUCGGAUGGUGUAUCAAAGAGUGGUUUUGGAAUUCCUCGAUACGCUGAAACUCUUCACAAGCUGAUGCUCAAGCUGGGAUACAACAAAUAUGUCACUCAAGGAGGUGAUUGGGGUUAUAUCAUCACUCGGCUGAUCGGUUCUCAAUACCCGGAGCACUGCCUCGCCUCGCAUUUGAGCAUGAUUCCAGCCGUCAGCCCUCCUAACCCUUUGAAGACUCCAUGGCAGUUCCUUCGCUUCUGGCUCUCUCCUUUCACUCCUCUGGAGAAGCAAGGAAUUGAACAAAUGAAGCAUUUCUACAACGAAGGUCUCGCCUACAAUCUAAUAAUGAGCAGCAAACCCUCUACUAUAGGGUUUGGUCUCGCUGACUCACCUGUGGCCUUGCUUUCAUGGACUUACGAGAAGCUCCAUGACUGGACUGAUGACUACAAGUGGACAGACGAUGAGAUUCUGACAUGGGUUUCUCUCUACCAGUUCUCCAAGGCAGGGCCGGCCGCAAGUUGUAGGAUCUACUAUGAAAGUAGACAUGCGGACCAGGAUCUAACAAAGAAGAUCAAUGACUGGGUUCCCAAUGUUCCUCUUGGACUUUCAUACUUCCCCAAAGACAUCGUCUUUGUUCCGAGGACAUGGGGAAGGACUUUGGGACCCAUUGCCUUUGAGAAGAUCCAUACAAGUGGCGGGCAUUUUGCUUCGAUUGAGAGGCCUGAAGAGCUGGUGGAGGAUUUGAGAGAGAUGUUUAAUAAGAGUGGAUUGGGCAAAGAGGUUAUCGAGAAGCUGGGAUAG